GGUGACGUAACGCUAGCUCCCGAUGCUACACGCGGGAAACCUGCUCAUCACAUUGACAAGCAUCAGUCGUUGCCUGCAGCAGAGAUGGGAGACACUCUGGAGUUCAACGAGAUUUACCAGGAGGUGAAAGGGUCCUGGAAUGACGGGCGGCUGCGUUUCAGCAAGCAGAAUGUUGUUUACAAGAGCAGCAAGACAGGAAAGGUGGACAGCAUCCAAGCCAGUGAACUCAACCUGGCCCAGUGGAGACGAGUGUGUUUAGGUCACGGCAUCAAACUGUCCACCAGCACAGGACACGUCUACAAAUACGACGGCUUCAGGGACACCGACUUUGAGAAGAUCUCUGAUUUUUUCAAGACAAACUACAAGCUGGAGGUGACAGAGAAAGACAUGUGUGUGAAGGGCUGGAACUGGGGGACAGCAAAGUUUUCAGGGCCUCUGUUAGCAUUUGAUAUAAAUGACAAUACAGCAUUCGAGAUCCCACUGUCCAACGUGUCACAGUGUGCCACAGGGAAGAAUGAAGUCACUCUGGAGUUUCACCAGAAUGACGACACUGAGGUCUCACUCAUGGAGGUCCGCUUCUACGUCCCACCCAGCCAGGCUGAUGAGCGGCAAGACCCUGUAGAGGCGUUUGCCCAGAACGUGCUGUCUAAGGCUGAUGUGAUCCAGGCAACUGGAGAUGCUGUGUGUAUCUUCAAAGAGCUGCAGUGUCUUACACCCAGAGGAAGAUACGAUAUCCGUAUCUACCCGACCUUCCUUCACCUCCACGGAAAGACGUUUGACUACAAGAUUCCUUACACGACCGUCCUCCGUCUAUUCCUGCUGCCACACAAGGACCAGAGGCAGAUGUUCUUUGUGAUCAGUCUGGAUCCUCCUAUCAAGCAGGGACAGACACGUUAUCACUUCCUUAUCCUGCUCUUUUCCAAGGAAGAGGACCUCAGCCUCACACUUAACAUGAGCGAGGAGGACGUCGAGCGCCGUUUUGAGGGUAAACUCAGUAAGAACAUGUCAGGGUCUCUGUAUGAGAUGGUGAGCAGGGUGAUGAAGGCUCUGGUCAACCGAAAGAUCACAGUGCCCGGAAACUUCCAGGGCCACUCGGGGGCUCAGUGCAUCACCUGCUCCUACAAAGCAUCCUCCGGCCUCCUCUACCCGCUGGAGAGGGGUUUCAUCUACGUCCACAAGCCCCCUGUGCACCUGCGUUUCGAGGAAAUCUCUUGUGUCAACUUUGCCAGAGGCACCACCACGACACGUUCCUUCGACUUUGAGAUUGAGACCAAGCAGGGAAACCAGUACACCUUCAGCAGCAUUGAGAGAGAAGAGUACGGCAAACUGUUUGACUUUGUUAAUGCCAAGAAGCUCAACAUCAAGAACAGAGGCUUCAAAGAGGGCAUGAAGGGUAAGAUUGAUGAGUACAGCGACUCAGACGACGACCAGCACGAUGCCUACCUGGAGAGGAUGAAGGCUGAGGGCAAGAUCAGAGAGGAGGGCAACGACAGCGACGACUCGGAUAGUGGAAGCGAUGAGUCUUUCAACCCCGGAGAAGAAGAUGACGACAUUGCAGAAGAGUACGACAGUAAGGCUUCAGCAAGCAACAGCAGUGACGAAGGAGACGAAAGCGAAGAUGAGAGUGCGAAGAAGAAGAAGGUCAAAAAAGUCAAAGUGGUGAAAGAGAAGAAAGAAAGGAAACCACGCAAAGAGAAGAAGCAGAAAGAUACCGGCGGCCCCAAGAGGCCAAUGAGUGCCUACAUGCUGUGGCUCAACUCCAGUCGCGAGCGAAUCAAGUCGGAGAACCCUGGUAUCUCCAUCACAGAGAUCUCUAAGAAGGCCGGAGAAAUGUGGAGACAAAUCGGCAAAGAUGAGAAGGAGGAGUGGGAAGCAAAGGCAGGAGAGGCGAAGAGACAGUAUGACAAAGCAAAGAAAGAGUACAAUGAGAGCGGUGGAGGAUCAUCUUCUGUUUCCAAGAAGGAGAGCAAGAAGUCCGGGGGUAAAAAAGAAGAGAAGAAGAGGAAGUCUGCUGGAGGAGAGAAGGAGCGGGAUCGGGGAGUAGGCAACGAAAGCUUCAAAAGCAAAGAGUUCAUUGAGACCAGCGAGAGUUCAUCAGACUCUGACCACAAGAGCAAGUCCAAGAGGAAGAAGCAGGAAUCAGAUGAAGAGGAGGAAGAAGCUGCGUCCACACCCGCCAGCUCAGAGGAAGAGUCUGACUAAACACACACACAUGAACCCAUCAUACACACAACCCAAGGACCAAACAUGUAUACUCCUUAUGUUGAUAUCUCACAAACAGACUGACAGACAAAUCAACAGAGUUGUAUUUUUUCUUCAUGUUUUGCUUUUAGGAGUACAAUUUCACAUCCCGUCACUGACUCUGAACGCUCACGUGAUCUGUGGUAUUUGAGCAGGUUUUCCUACUGAAAGCUCAGUGAAGUGGUGGUAUGCUGGUGUACUACAUUUCUCAGAAAUCUUGAAGGGUUUUUUUCAUCUCACCCAUGUGGAUGGUGGUUGUAACUUUAUAGCAGUCGGGAGCGUAGACGUUAUUAGCUGAUAAAUGUGGGCAAAGCAGAGAGGAUCAAAUGGGAAGCCAUUUUGUUCUUACUGUGUAGAGCAUCUAAAAAAACUGCCACAUAAUGUAUUGUGUUUUCCAUGUCAUGUUUUCAGGCUGAAAUAAAUAAAUCAUUUUUUAUAAA